AAACAGAUUAUGUAAUAUAAAUGUUUUGCUUAGGUACACUACUACAUUUCUAAAUGUAAAACCGGUUUGACUACUUCAACUUGAGCAACUUAAUUGCACUGUUUUCAUCAUUUAAAAUCAGUGAUUGCUUGACAUCGUUUGAGGUCUAAAGCAGUAAAUAAUUGUGCAAUAUGUAUAGAAAUUUUAAAAUAAUUUUCAGAGUUCAAGAUAUCAAAUGGAAUAUCUGCAGGACAGUAAAUUCUUUGACUGUUCAUAUAAAACCUGAAUUGGCAGCAAUAGUACAAGCUGGUACAUGGAAAAACGAGCGUAUAAUUGCUUCACCUCAAAGAACAAGAAUCACUCUAUCAAAUGGGAAGAAGGCGCUCAAUUUUUGUGCGAACAAUUAUCUAGGUCUUGCGGAUAACAAGGAUAUUAUUAAUGCGGCGAAAAUUUCCUUGGAUAAAUACGGUGCCGGUUUGAGUUCUGUGAGAUUUAUAUGUGGAACGCAGGAAAUACAUGUUGAAUUAGAAAAGAAGAUUUCCACGUUUCACGGCAAGGAAGACACGAUACUUUACGCAUCUUGCUUUGACGCGAAUGCUGGUAUUUUUGAGACUCUAUUAACUGCUGACGAUGCUGUGUUAAGUGAUGAAUUAAAUCAUGCAUCUAUUAUUGAUGGAAUACGUCUGUGCAAAGCGAAGAAAUACAGAUACUAUCACAGAGAUAUGACGGAUUUGGAAAGUAAAUUGCAAGAAAGCAAAACAGCACGUUUACGCCUUAUAGCAACUGAUGGAGUAUUCUCUAUGGAUGGUACUGUUACACCAUUGCCAAAAAUAAUCGAACUUGCCAAAAAGUAUGAUGCUAUUACAUUUGUAGAUGAUUGUCAUGCUACUGGAUUUUUUGGAAAAACUGGCAGAGGUACAGAAGACUAUUUCGGCUAUCUGGGUAGUAUCGAUAUCAUCAAUUCUACAUUAGGAAAAGCUCUUGGAGGAGCAGCAGGUGGUUAUACGACUAGUAAAAGGAGGUUUCAGUUUGUUAAGACAAAAAGCAGACCGUAUCUGUUUUCAAAUUCAAUUCCCCCGCCUGUAGUUGCAUCAGCAAUUAAGGUAAUGGAUCUUAUAACGGAUAGCACGAGAUUUUUGGAUCGUUUAGCAGGCAAUACUGAAUAUUUUAGAAAUGCAAUGACCAAAGCUGGUUUUAUUAUUAGCGGUGAUAAUCAUCCUAUUUGUCCUGUUAUGCUAGGUGAUGCAAAAUUGGCAACAAAAUUUGCAGAUAAAAUGAUGGAAAAGGGAAUUUACGUUAUUGGAUUCAGUUAUCCUGUAGUACCAAAAGACAAAGCAAGAAUACGUGUUCAAAUUAGCGCAGCACAUUCGAUCGAUGAUAUAAACCAUGCUGUGAACGCUUUUAUACAAAUUGGAAAAGAACUUGCAGUGAUUAAAUAAGUAUGUUUUUAAUGAUAUAAAAGUAAGUGCGUAUGAUUGAUGUACAUUUUUCUAAUAUGCAUUUUUCCGUAUGUGUAUAUACAUAUAUGUAUAUACAUAUUCUACAUAUAUGUAUAUACAUAUUCUACAUAUUCUGUCACAUAAGCUAACUUGUAUAAUACAAAUUAAUAUUGCAAAUACAUAGUGCGCACAAUGCAACACUGAAUUUAUUAACAUGUGCAAUAAGAAACAUCGAGAAGUAUAAUAAAAGUUUAGCUUUUUUUAUACAAAUUUCUAACACGAGGUUGCAAGUGUAUAAAACUUCGAAUUCGAGAUAUAAAGUAUAUAUUGUAUUAUUAAUCAUUAAUUACAUAAAUGCUAAGGCUUGUAUGGUUUAA